AUGCCCUCCGACGGCCUGCACCACGUCUCGGCGCAGGCAACUCGACUGUCCAGCGACGGCAUGACAUCGAAGAGAAACUCGCGCGUCUUUGUCGACGAAACAAAGCACUGCCAAGUCGGAUCCCAAAAAUCCUCUUCGUCGUCCCAUCGCUCACGACGCGACUCGCACGGAUCCGCCAACGACGACAUGUCACCCCCGGCCAAGGAAGCGGAAGAUGGCCAACGUGUCGGCACCAUGCCCAGGGAGGCGGCCACCGUCGCUCGCACCCGGAGCACCAGCGACGGGACACGCGAAAACACGGUCACUCCCAGUAUAAAGAUUGGCGAAAAGACGAUUGUCAUGGCCGCCAAGGUGUCUUUGACACGUUCGACCGAAUUCCCCCCCGUGCCCUUGAAUGGUCGACCAGCCAACUUUGGUGUGGUUCUCCCUGGCGUCUACCGGAGUAGCUACCCCAAGCCUGAGGAUUACGCCUUCUUGCAGAGUCUCAAGCUCAAGACGGUUGUAACACUGGUUAAGAAGGACGAGAUCGACCACGAGCUUGAAUCUUUCACGUCCAGCAACGGCAUACACCAGGUCGUCUUCAACAUGAAGGGCACCAAAAAGGAGGCCAUUCCCCUGUCUACCAUGGCCUCCAUUCUGAGGCUCGUUCUGGAUCGCCAACACUACCCGCUGCUCGUGCACUGCAACCAUGGCAAGCACCGGACCGGUUGCGUCGUCGCCGUCGUCCGGAAACUUUCGGGGUGGAACCUCGACAGUGUCUUGGGCGAGUACAAGUCGUACGCCAUGCCCAAGAUUCGCGAUUGCGACGUCGACUACAUCAGCGGCUUCCAGCCGACGUCGCUUCAGCCCAUGGCAUUCGACUCUCCUCGCUUCAGCCCGGUCCAGACGAGAACCUUUUUUCGCACCCUGCUAUUUUCGACGUUUGUCAUGGUGGUCUGGCUUGUGUCGGGGUCCAAGCUGAACCCCUCGUCCGGCAACCCGGCUGCAUGA